AUGUGUUCCAUACUGGAGUCCCAUUCCUUCACGGUAACGAAGCGAUACUUCUGGUCAGACUCUACAACGGUCCUGGCGUGGCUAAGAGUGGAUCCCCGCAAGUUCAAACAGUACGUGGCCUGUCGGAUUGGUAAAAUCCUGGAACAUACCGACACGAACGAGUGGCGGUGGGUACCGUCAAAGCAGAACCCCGAGGAUUAUGCAACUAAGUGGGGAAGCGGUCCAUCUCUGGACGUGGAAGGUGCCUGGUUCAAGGGACUACCAUUCCUGCACAGAUCUGAAGAAGAGUGGCCGAAGCAGAAUAUGCCUCAACAGACCGUCGAGGAGAAGUUACGCGUCUGCAACAUUCUUGUAGAAGAAGUCAGUGAUCGACUGCGAACGCUUCUCUAA